AUGUCGCAACCACCACAACAUCCUAACGGACCACCACCACCUUUUCCAGGCGGCCCCCCUACACUUGGAUUUCCCAGCGGCAUGCCUCCACCACCUGCUGGCUUCCCCAACGGCCCCCCACCAGGAUCAGCAGCGCCACCACCAGCAGGAGCACCAGGACAGUUCCCUCCUCCUCCUGGAGCCAUGCCAUUUACACCAGGCGUUCCAGUAGCUGCUGCUCCAGCUGCUCCUUCCGGUACAGUCAAUGGUAUUCCUAUUGCUAAACAGCCUCUCAACACAACACCCAGCAGAACUGUGUACGUGAGCAACCUUAAUGAAAAGGUCAAAUUGGAUGUAUUGAAAAACUCUUUACGUACCUUGUUCAAGCAAUUCGGCGAUGUUUUGGAUGUUGUAGCCCAUCAAAAUAUUCGUAUGCGUGGACAGGCCUUUGUCGCGUUUCCUGAUGAAGAGAGCGCAGAAAAGGCCAUCAAGGAAUUGCAGCAUUUCAGCUUGUACGAUAAGCCCAUGGUGUUGCAAUUUGCUCGCAACAAGUCUGAUGUGCACGCUAAAUCAGAUGGCGAUUUUGAAACACACUACAAGCAACGUAUGGCCAAGAAGGAAGAAGUAUCCAAGUUGCCUCUUCCUGGAUCUCAUAAACCAACAUUCAAGGCGAGCAGACCUCAGCAGAAAUCCACACACUUUAAUCCUACAGCCAAUAUUCCAGACGAAUACUUGCCUCCCAACAAUAUUCUCUUCUUGCAAAAGUUACCAGAGACCAUUACACAACAGCAAUUGGUGGAUCUUUUCCAACGUUAUCCUGGAUUCAGAGAAGUGCGUAUGAUCCCCACCAAGAAAUCCAUUGCAUUUGUCGAGUACGACAACGAACUUCAAUCUGCCACUGCAAAGGCAGAACUCUCUGGCCAUUCAUUUGGUCCUGAUCAGGAAAUGAAGGUGACAUUUGCAAGAAAGUAA